CGACCGCCGCGUCGUCUGUCGCUCUUCUCGCAUCAGCACUUCGGCGUCGCCGCCGCGCUCGCGCGACGCAACGUCGUCGUCGCGACCGGCACCGCGUCCGGGAAGUCCGUGUGCUACAACGCCCCGGUGUUACAGGCGUUGACGUCGGACGCCGCCGCCACCGCGUUGUAUCUGUUCCCGACCAAGGCGCUCGCGCAGGACCAACUGCGCGCGUUGCGCGUGAUGCUUCGCGCCGCGGCGGCCGCGGGCGUGUACGACGGCGACACGAGCGACGCGGAGCGCGCGAGGAUCGAGCGCGAGGACCGGCUCGUGAUCACCAACCCGGACAUGUUGCACGUCAACGUGUUGCCGAACCACAGAAAGUGGCGCGCGAUGUUGACCGGUCUCAGGUACGUCGUGAUAGACGAAGCGCACGCGUACCGCGGCGUGUUCGGAUCGCACGUCGCGCUCGUGAUUCGAAGGCUCCGACGGCUGUGCCGGGAGCUGUACGGCGGCGAGCCGACGUUUAUCGUCACGAGCGCGACGAUCGCGGCGCCGGGGAACCACGCGCGGGAUUUAGUCGGCGCGUUUCCGAUCGCCGCCGGCGGCGGCGGCGGCGGCGGCGGCGACGGCGGCGGCGGCGACGAUGACGACGACGACGAACCGCACGGGUGGGUCGUCGUCGACGAUGACGGGUCCCCGUGCGGCGAGAAGACGUUCCUGAUGUGGAACCCGCCGGGCACUCUCGGCGUCUACGGCUCCGGUCCUCGUCGGACGUCGCCCGUCGUCGAAAUCUCCGCGCUGCUCGCGGAAUGCGUCCGCCACGACCUGAAGUGCAUCGCGUUCUGCAAGACGAAGAAACUCUGCGAGCUCGUGCUCAAGUACACGCGCGAGGCGUUGGCGUCCACGGGCGCGCCGUCCCUGUGCGGCUCCGUGCUCGCGUACCGAGGCGGCUACUCGAGCGUCGAUCGAAGAGCGAUCGAAAAGGCGCUCUUCUCCGGCUCCGUCCGCGGCGUCGCCGCGACCAACGCGCUCGAGCUCGGCGUCGACGUCGGCGCGCUGGACGUCACGCUGCACCUGGGUUUUCCCGGGACCGUCGCGUCGCUGAUACAACAAGCCGGGAGGGCGGGUCGCAGAGGGAAACGCGCGCUCAGCGUGUACGUCGCGUUCGACGGGCCGCUCGAUCAACACUUCAUGCGGUCGCCGGCGAAGUUGUUCGGCCGACCGAUCGAGCGCGCGGCGAUCGACCCGUGUAAUCCGAGCGUGAUGGAAGCGCACGUCGCGUGCGCGUCGCACGAGAUGCCGUUAGACCCGCGCGUCGCGCUGGAGGUGGUGUGCGAUCGGCUCCGCGAGAGGCGACUCGUCGUCCCGGACGCUUCGCUCCUCGGCGAGUGGAAGGCGUCGCUCGACGUGCGGCUGCGCUGGUGCGGCGCGUCUCCGCCCGCGAACGGCGUCAGCGUCCGCGCGAUCGAGGAGGAGCGGUACCGAAUCGUCGACGAGCGAACCGGCGAGUGCGUCGAAGAGGUGGAGCGAUCCAAGGCGUUUUGGGAGGUGUACCCGGGCGCGGUGUACAUGAAUCAGGCGCGGACGUUUCUGUGCGUGUCCCUCGACGUGAAGAAACUGACCGCGGUCGUGCGUUUAGCGGACGUGAAGUACUUCACGAAGAUGGUGGACAAGACCACGGUCACGACGCUCGCGAACGCGUCCACGACGGUGGCCAGCGCGCAGUCGGCGCGGGCGGAGGUCGCCGUCACGUUUUUCGGCUACCGCAAGAUAUGGCACGCGUCCGGGACGUGUUUCGACACCGUGCCGCUGAGGGAGACCCUCCCGGACGUGUCGUACACGACGAUCGCGGCGUGGGUGCGCGUCCCGGACGUCGCGCGGAGGAUGUGCGCGGACGCGGGGGUGGAAUUUCGCGCGGGCGUCCACGCGGCGACGCACGCGGUGAUAAACGCGUUGCCGCUUUACGUCAUGGCGGACGCGAGCGACGUCGGCGCGGAGUGCGAUAAUCCGCACCACGACGGGCAUUACCGGGCGAGUCGGCUGUUGAUUUACGACCGGCACCCGGGCGGGGUCGGGAUCGCGCGGCAGGCGGCGGGGUUGUUUCGGGAGUUGCUCGUCGCCGCGCUCGAGUUGGUCGAGGGGUGCGGGUGC